ACAUGAAUGAGUCUCUCAAACAUCACAACUGAAAAUAAAACCAGGUCAAUGGUUUGGGAAAUUCCGCUUGGAUUUAGUUUGUGUGGUCUGUUUGACUAGUAUAUCUACAGUGUUUCACUUUAACAGGCAUGCUGUCCUUCAUUUCCUGGUUAAUCCCAAGUGUUCCUACUUGGUUAACACCAGGCACUGAUCCUUUACAUUUUUUUUUACAAGGAAUAGUGGGUGCUUGUGGAAUUGUGGUCCUUCGUAACCUUUUAAGGGUUUACUUGUUUGUUGAUGCUCAAAGUGUUGCAGAUGCUGAAACGGACCAUAAGAAAGCAAACAAACGAAAUGGAGGUCUAACAGAGAUAAUUCAGUUCUGGGUCCUUACUGGGGUUCUUUCCAUCGUGGGGUCUCGCGUCGCAUCUCUGGUGGUUUUGGAGUUCUCUCUUCGUGUCAUUUCAGCACGGAUCACAGGAGGAUCAGACUCAGUAAUUGAUCCUCUGUUACUGCUGCUCGUCCAAUGCCAGUUUUCCUUAGGAUGUGCACUCAGCUGCAGCAUAAAUUUCCUCCAUGAGGGGGCAUCACAAGCAUGGUUAAGCCUCAUCCUUGCAGUUGGACUGAGCUGGUUUUUGUCAAGUCAGUGCUGUAAACUUUGGCAACAUGUACAAAGAAUGUAUCCAAUACACAGCACAGAGCGCUAUUGUGGACUCUGCAUUGGACUCCUGACUACUGGCUCUUCUAUAUUAACUUGGCUUUGCACUGCCCUGAUUUUAACUUUUAGCGUGUCUGGAAUUGCUGCCAUAUCAAACAUAAACCAACAAUUUCUAUCAACAACUGAGGCUUUGAGAUUUUGGACACCACUUACAAUCUGCUACACUCUACUGGUUGUGUAUAUGAAUGAGGAUCGACAUCAGCCUGGCCCGCAAAUUCUUCUGAAUUCAGUUGUUGUGCGACUGGGUGGACUUUUUGUUUUACUGAUUACGGUGGGCAGGUGGUCAGAUGUGCUCCAUAUCCUAAUCUGCUUCAUUGGUGAAGCUGUGUGCCUGUUACUUUCUCAAGACCUUUUGGAAGAGAUAUAUAAGCAUGCCACCCAUGUGCCCAAAAGCGCUUUAAAAAGGCCCGUAAACCAGACUGAACCAAAGAAAUGGGAAAAAUUCGACUGAGCAUGGAUGAAAAGGCUCAGUCUUACCAGUGAAAGAGCAUUGCGUUAACAACGCAAGGUUGUGGGUUCGAUCCCAGGGGGUUGCAAAUAUCUAUGUAAAAUGUAUAGGAUAAUGCAAAGUCGCUUUGGAUAAAAGCGUCUGCCAAACGCCUAAAUGUAAAUGUAAUGAAAAGACGCUAGGCUUCAUUUAGCCUAUAUUGUGAAACGGACAAGCAGCAGGAAUGAACAAAAAGGAACCUUAUUUAUAAAGAAUUCCAUCAAGGAUAUUUGUAUGAAGCAUAAUGCAUCAUUAUUUUAGUGGCGCAUUGACAAAAACCCACAAUUGACUAUCAAAAUAAAGCUAUCUGUCUAUA